AUGACGACGCUGCCCAAGGAGAUCGGGACCAUGGACCUUGAAGAGCGCGUCUCGUACAUUCAGUCGGCGACCCGCGACAAGAGAGAGAGCACCAACGACGACUACGUCGAUGCCAAGACGCCGAUGGAUCUCGAGGACGGUGCGCUCGUCGCUGGUGGCGCGCUCGCAAUGUUUUCGCGCGAAGCGCUGGGUCUCUUUUCGCAGUACUUUGCGAUCGGGAUUCUCUACGGCAUGCUACCGGGGCUCAACUACCCAGUCUUCAACAAUUACUUGCACAUGGAAGGCUACCAAACUUCUGCGUACGGUGUCCUCGUCACGCUUGGCUGGUCGUUCAAAGUGUUUUACGGCAUGCUCUCGGACUGCGUGCCCAUCUUUGGCUACCGCCGCAAGCCGUGGAUGCUUCUCGGGUGGGGUGUCGCCACACUCUGCCUCUGCAUCAUGACGUUCUCACCGUUUCCCGCGCCGUACUGCGACGCCCGCGAAAUCAAGUGCCCCGCGGUCACGCCGCCGCUCAAGAACCUCACGGCAAAAGGCUGGGACAAGUGGUACAACUUUGAGGCGCCCAACGGCGGCACCAAGUUCAUCGUGCUCUCGGUCAUUGUUGGCUUUGGCUACGUCAUGGCCGACUGCGCGGCGGACGCAAUGGUCGUCCAGUACGCCCAGCGCGAGCCGCUCGCGAUUCGCGGCCGCACCCAGACCGCCAUCUACAUUCUCCGCUACCUGGGGCAAAUGGUGUCGCAGAUCUGUACGGCGUUCCUUCUCAACGGCAAGGAGUACGGCGGGUCGUUCAACUUUGCCGUGAGCGUCAACGUCAUGUACGGCAUCUGCCUCGUGCCGUGCGCGCUCAUCGUCUUCAGCACCUUCUUCAUCCUCGUCGAAGUCAAGACCGAGCGGACUCCGUUCCGCGCGUGGGUCGCCAACUUUUGGGGGCUUCUCCAGAGCCGUGUCAUGUGGCAGAUCUGCGCCUUCAAGUUCUUGAACCAGGUCUUUGGCGCGUUUGGUGCGACGCCGGCGACGCCCAUUGCACGCACGUGGGCUGGCGUCGAGCCGCUCAACGAAGCGCUCUCCGGUGUCCUCGGCUCGUUCAUUGUGUCGGUCAUCAUGGCGAUCGUCGGCAAAUGGGGUCUGCACUGGAACUGGCGCUGGGUCAUUGCGCUCAGCACGGUUGGCAUCCUCACCAUCGAUGCGUGCGUGGUGUUUGUCACGAUCUGGGAAGUCUUUCGCAACCAGUGGUUCUACAAUGGCGUUGCGCUCACCGAGAACGUGCCAUCCGGUAUCCGCUUCAUCGUCGCUACGUACUGCGCGGUUGAGAUUGCCGAUGUGGGCAACGAAGGCGCGACGUACGGCUUGGUGACGACGGUCAACAACCUCGCGACGCCGUUCGCGUCGGUCCUCUUCAAGCUCGUCGACUCGUUCUUUGAUGUGUCCCAGACCGACAUUGGCCGCGACGACACGCGCGUGCGCUGGGAGGUGACGUACACGUUUCUCAUCUCGUAUGCCUCCAAGCUCGCGGCGCUCGGCUGGCUCUUUAUGCUGCCACCCCAAAAGGCCGAGAUGCAGGAGCUCAAGAAGCGCGGUGGCAAGAGCAAGCUUGCCGGUGCCAUCUUGAUUGCGAUCUUUGUCAUUGCGCUCGUCUUCUCGGUGUCGACCAACUUUAUGUCGAUUUACCCGUCGACCAAGUGCUAUCGCAUCGCCGGCGGCAAGGGUUACUUCCCCAACGGCACGUGCAUCAAGUAGAUCACCAUUGCGUCGCUUGUAUCCCACCAUAAUGUCAGUGUCGUCUUCUUCAUGC